UGGUUUGUUGCGUCGUUCCCCGUGCGGUCACACUGUCCUUAAAAACUACGGUCGUGCGUCAACGUUAGCGAAAAAUGCAAAAUUAAAUAUGUUGUGAGUAGCGAGCGAUGCCAAAUCGAAUAUGUUUUCCACUGCAUACAGAAAAAUAAACAAAUACAAGAAGCAUAAAGUAUGCAGAAAAUUAAAUACAAAAGGAGCCACUAAGUGUUUCGUGUGAAAUCAAUUUGAAAGAGCGUUCGUCGUACAUACUUUUCCGUUUCAAUUACACUACAAUGAAUAUAUGUUGAAACUUCGUUGCAUUUACAGACUGGUGUUUAAAAACAACAACAACAACAACAAGAGAAAACGACAAAAAACAACAAAAACAGCCCUCAUACACACGGAAAAAAUAUAUCUAUAAAUAGUAUCAUAUUUACAUUAAAAGCAAGCCGAGCAGACAUAAACGUAACUUUUAUAAUACAAAGCACCAGUAAAUUAAAUUAACCAACUACACACGUUCCUUAAAAACAAAUGUUUUCCAAACCGCAAACCAACUAAAAACGAAAUGCUUUUCAAAUUAGUUUAAGCUAACUAAAAAUUAAAAACGGAAACCAACCAACAAACCGCAAAAAAAGCCGCGUGAUUAAAAAAAAUUUACAAAAGAUAAAAGCAAACCGAAAUUCGGCAGGGAACCAAAAAACACACGAUAAACCCGGAAAAACUAAGAUCGGCGCAUGAAAUCGAAAUUACACAUUUUUUGUAUAAAAUAGUGCUAGCAAAAACCAAACGAGAGGAUAAAUCGGAACAUCUUUUUGGAGAAUCUCGUCUGAAUACCUUAAAUCCCGUCUCUCCGUUAAAAUAAUAAAUGUUCUUGGAUCGUUCGAUGUGGUCUGCGUCUAUUUGUCACCAUCACUCUCAGCCUUCGAGUCACCGGAAUCUGGUCAAGGACUUAGCAUAGACUUCUGUUUCUGUAAGUAGCGAUAGCAAUAGCCAAAGAGAGAGCCAUCUGGAUCUGCGGAGCGAGCAACGCCGAAGUACAAAUGCAUCAAUCGAAACUGAAACUGAAACAGAAUCUGUAACUGCAACUUGGAGCGGUCACCUUGGAUGAGCACGCAUCCAGGACACGUUGAGUUCAGCGCCCGUCACACAACCAAUUAGCCAGGUGACUGUGGGUCUACACACAGGAGGGAGUCCAGCACAGCAGACCAUCCCACCAUCCACCAAACAGCCAACAGCUAACGGCAGCAUACAUUUUCUACACGGAACGGAACGGGUCGAGCGUAGUGGCAGCAGCACGCGAAAGCGUCCAUAAAUCUAGUUAGCAUGGAGUGCUGUUUAUCGGAGGAGGCCAAGGAACAAAAGCGCAUCAAUCAGGAAAUCGAGAAGCAGCUGCGCCGGGACAAGAGAGAUGCGCGCCGCGAGCUUAAACUGUUGCUGCUGGGCACGGGCGAGUCCGGCAAGUCAACGUUCAUCAAACAGAUGCGCAUUAUCCACGGCAGCGGCUACUCGGACGAGGAUAAGCGUGGGUACAUCAAGCUGGUGUUCCAGAACAUAUUCAUGGCCAUGCAGUCAAUGAUCAAGGCCAUGGACAUGCUGAAGAUUUCCUAUGGCCAAGGCGAGCAUAGCGAACUGGCCGAUCUGGUGAUGAGCAUCGAUUACGAGACCGUCACCACUUUCGAGGAUCCAUACUUGAAUGCCAUCAAAACGCUGUGGGACGAUGCUGGCAUCCAGGAGUGCUACGAUCGUCGUAGGGAAUAUCAGCUGACUGAUUCAGCCAAAUACUACUUGAGCGACCUUGCUCGAAUUGAACAGGCUGAUUACUUGCCAACCGAGCAGGAUAUUCUGCGUGCUCGAGUGCCGACCACCGGCAUUCUCGAGUAUCCAUUCGAUUUGGAUGGCAUUGUGUUUAGGAUGGUGGACGUCGGCGGUCAGCGAUCCGAGAGAAGAAAGUGGAUUCAUUGUUUUGAGAACGUGACAUCAAUUAUAUUUUUGGUAGCGCUAUCGGAAUACGAUCAAAUCUUGUUUGAAUCUGAUAAUGAGAAUCGAAUGGAGGAAUCUAAAGCUUUAUUUCGUACUAUAAUUACAUACCCCUGGUUCCAAAAUUCGUCAGUUAUUCUUUUCCUGAACAAGAAGGACUUGUUGGAGGAGAAAAUAAUGUAUUCGCAUUUGGUAGACUAUUUUCCUGAAUACGAUGGUCCACAGCGAGAUGCAAUAGCGGCCCGAGAAUUCAUACUGCGAAUGUUUGUAGAUUUAAAUCCAGAUUCCGAAAAAAUUAUCUAUUCUCAUUUCACCUGUGCUACAGAUACGGAAAAUAUUAGGUUUGUGUUUGCAGCUGUUAAGGACACAAUUCUGCAAUCAAACCUUAAGGAAUAUAAUUUGGUCUAAACUGGAUUUGGAUCGAUAAACUAUUUUUGUGAUUUUUAUACAAACACACAUACACAUUCAUAUAAUUCCUUUUUCGCAUAUUUACUAAAUAUAAAAGAAGAAUUGAGCAACAAGCGAAUGUGGCCGUAAAUUAGGCAUUAAUUAGACCCGAGAAAGUUUCUUACGUUUGUAACAUCAGGAACCGAAAAUUGUAGCAUAAAUAGAAUACUAAACUGAGAUGGUAAACCAGCAUCAACAAAAUGAUGAAAAUUAUGUAUACAUUUUAAUUUGAGAAAAUAAUAGCAGCAAAUCCGAUACGGGGUGACAUACAAUAAUUAGAACUUUAUGUUUUAGCUUUGCACUUUGAUAAUGGUUCGCAGAAAUAUAAUAUAUAUAGGGGAAUGUUAUUACCCUUUUAAACCGACUAAGUUUGUUUUUUUAGUAAACUGUGUGUUUUUUUAAACUGAUUUGGAAAAGAAGACAUUUGAAAGACAAAAACCAGAAACGAGAAUAAUCCAACAAAAAGGGUUUCUGAUUCGAUUCGAAUAAAUGCCAAGUUAAUUUGGAAUAAAGUUUACCUUUCCGCAAGGAAGUUUAUGUCCUUUGAAAGUCUUGCGAAGAAAUAUAAGUUCGAAUUAUUUGUUGCCACCCCGUAAUAUUUAAAUAAAUUUAUUACUAUAGUAACUUUUGUAAUAAAAACCGAAACAAAAAAUAUGAAACGUAAAUUUAAUCAAAAGCUUGAUAAGGAACAACAAACUGAAACAACUUUGUCGUACUGAAGCAUAAUAAAGCAACAUUUUACUAAAAUACCUACAGAAGGAAAACAAAA